CUUAACCGGGCCACCACCCUUUCCUUCUUCCUCUUUAAUAUAUACUCUCUCUCUCUCUCUCUGUGACGCCGUUAUCUCAGCAUGGCUCCAUGUCCAACGGCCGUCACUUCUCUUGUUCUCCUCCUCCUCCUCCUCCUCCUCUCGCCGGCGCUCUCCCUCACCUCCCCCUCGCUCCAACCAGAAUGCGCCACGUCGCCAAAGAAGAGCUCCACGCCGUCGGCGAGUUCCUUCGCCCCCUCCACCUCCUUCCUCUCCACCCUCCACUCCACCCUCGACGAGAUACAGAAGCUCGUGUCCGUCGUCUCCACCUUCUCCGGAAACCUCGGCGGCAACCUCCGCCUUUCCUCCGCCGUCUCCGACUGUCUCGACCUCCUCGACCUCUCCUCUGACGAGAUCUCCUCGACCAUCUCUGCCUCCCAACCCUCUACCGCCUCCGCCACCGCCGGCACCGGCAACCGCCGCUCCGACGUCCGCUCAUGGCUGAGUGCCGCCCUCGGGAACCAAGAAACCUGCAAGGAGUCCCUCGAGGGGACCAACAGCGUCCUCGGCUCCCUCGUCUCCGGCGGUCUCCAGUCCAUCACCUCCCUGGUUGCCGACAGCCUCCGCGAUGUUGCCGCCGGUUCCGGCGGCGUCGGCGGGGCAGGAAAUGCCGGCCGGCGGAGGCUGAUGGGGAAGGUGAGCGACGGGUUCCCGGGAUGGGUGUCGUUGGGAGACCGGAGGCUGCUGCAGGCGCCGGCGGGGACGGCGGCGGAUGCAGUGGUGGCGAAGGACGGGAGCGGGAAGUACACGACGGUGGGGGCGGCGGUGGCGGCGGCGCCGACGGAGAGCACGAAGAGGUACGUGAUCUACGUGAAAAAGGGGGCGUACAAGGAGAACGUGGAGAUUAAGAAGAAGACGUGGAAUAUAAUGCUAGUAGGCGACGGCUUGGGCCAGACCAUCAUCUCCGGCAGCCGUAACUUCGUUGACGGCUGGACUACCUACCGGAGCGCCACCUUCGCGGUCUCCGGCAAGGGUUUCAUCGUCCGGGACCUGACGAUCGAGAACACAGCCGGCCCUUCGAAGCACCAGGCGGUGGCGCUCCGCUCCGACUCCGACCUCUCCGUCUACUACCGCUGCAGCUUCCUGGGCUACCAGGACACCCUCUACGCCCACUCCCUCCGCCAGUUCUACCGCGAGUGCCGCAUCGCCGGCACCGUCGACUUCGUCUUCGGCGACGCCGCCGCCGUCUUCCAGAGCUGCACCCUCCUUGCCCGCCGCCCGCUCCCCGACCAGAAGAACUCCGUCACGGCCCAGGGGCGCAAGGACCCCAACCAGAACACCGGCUUCUCCCUCCAAUUCUGCAACGUCUCCGCCGACUCCGACCUGGCCGGGUUCACCAACUCGACCGCCACCUAUUUGGGCCGGCCCUGGAAGGAAUACUCUCGGACCGUCGUCAUGCAGUCGUAUCUCGGGGUGGCGGUCCGGCCCGAGGGUUGGCUCGAGUGGAACGGGGACUUCGCGCUCCGGACGCUCUACUACGGCGAGUACAUGAACUACGGGCCCGGUUCGGGGCUGGCCGGCCGGGUCAAGUGGCCCGGGUACCACGUCAUAACCGACUCGGCUCAGGCGGUCAAUUUCACGGUGGGUCAGUUCAUUGAUGGGAACCUCUGGCUGCCCUCCACCGGGGUCAAGUACACGGCCGGUCUGACGAUGUAAUAAAUAUAGAUCGAAAGAGAGGAGAGAGAAAGUUGGUGGUCACUGGUGAGUGGUGUAUUUGUUAAGUAUUCUUUGGCGUGAGGCUACUGGAUACAUGUUGACAUUGAGAUGCAAAUGUUUAGCAAGUUACUUCCAACAAAGAACAUGUAUAUCUACCGGUAAAAAGAAGAAGAAUUGGAAUAGAGGGAUGUAUUUGAAGCUAAACUUUUUGUAUUUUAAUUAUCCUAGAAGUCAUAUUAUGCUCCUUGCUGGACUCG